AUGAGGGCUUCGAUCGCUUCGCUUUGUUUCGCCUUCGCCCUCUGCUCAUCCGGUCUAUUGCCACAGAUACGAGCGAUCGAUUACGCGGGCGGCUGGAUCAACAGCUCCGUGUCCACUGGCCAGUGCGUCGACAUUUGCUCUGCCCCCAGUGCCACGUGCUUGACCAAAGACCCCGCGUGUCUGGCCAAGCAGAACGUACCGGAGGACUUUGACUACCUCGUGCUCGAGCAACUCUUCGUCCCGCAAUUCUGUCGGGAUCUUCUUGUGGGCGUAGACGGCACGAUCUCGCACCAGAAUGUCAACCCGUACCCAAUGGGCAUCACCUGUAGCCCGUAUCGUGCUCGGAGCACACUGACGAUCCACGGGCUCUGGCCGAAUUACAACGAUGGAUACGUGAGCUGCUGUAAUGCCAGUGCGACGGUCGGAAACGAUCCAUUCGACGCAGUGCCGUUCGCCACGCGUCACGCGACGCUCUUGUCGCACAUGGCCACCCACUGGCUCGACGCCUCGCAACAGUCGACGCACAAUACGCUGUGCGAGAUUUACAACCAUGAGUUCCAAAAGCACGGCCUGUGCUAUGCGGCACAAGGGGCGGACCUCGAAGCUGCUGCGGCCACGUACUUUGAAGCGACGCUCCACACAGCGGCACGCGUUCGUGCAGCGACCGAGCGGAUCAACGUGUGGGCAGCUCGUGACCCACCCCAGACGACGGUGGCGGCGAUUCGGGCGCUGUACGACCGUCACGUGAUGGUCUUGUGCUCAGCGGUGGACGGCGAGAACCAGCUCUCGGUCAUUCGCACGUGCUUUGACAAGCCCACGGUGAUCGAUCGCCAAGGCGCGACGACGCAGAUUGACUGUGCCAACGCGACGGCCACGGCCACGUUCUCCGUGUGCUCGGACGACCAGCCGGUCACUCUUUUGCCGUACGUGGCACCGGAGGCGACGACUGCGUCUGCACCUACGGCACUAUUUGAGCCGAUGAUGUCGAAGCCCCUGUCGAGCGCUAUCGCUUGCGAGUAA